AUGCCUCGAAUAUCCAAAAUCGCACGGCCUCUAUCCCGUACCAACGUACCGCAAAGCAUUGUCGAAGCUGCGAUAGUCGGAAAUGUCCCUUCGAAACCAUUCACUUCGUCAGACCUCCGAGCCGGGCUCUCCUACCACUGGGACACCCUCCCCCCAAACGAAGAACAGCUCGCGCACGCCAAAGACUUCUUCCACAGAAGGCCCCCGAAAUUCCUCUGGUCGGCUGAGAAAUUCAAGACCAUGGACUACGGCAGCAGUCCCGAAGUUUGCUUCGUGGGUCGGUCGAACGUUGGAAAAUCGUCCCUCCUGAACGCUCUCCUGAACAAGCACAUCGCGUUCACCAGUUCGAAUCCGGGGAGGACGAAAUUGAUGAACGCGUUUGCGGUCGGCGGAGAGGAUCGGGGCUGGCCUCUGGUCGUGCUGGAUAUGCCUGGUUACGGACAUGGGGGCCGAGCGGAGUGGGGGGUUCAGAUCAUGAAGUACUUGGAGAAGAGGAAGGAGCUGAAGAGGGCGUUCUUGCUGGUGGACGCCGACCAUGGGAUCAAGGAGACGGAUAUCCAAACUUUGGCGAUGUUCAAGAGUCAGAAAGUCCCGUACCAGGUUAUUCUGUCGAAGGCGGAUAAGCUUAUGAAGUGGGGGACGAAGAAUCCCGGGGGGAAGGCAAUGGAGGAGGGUUUGCUAAGGUUGGAUCAGAUGAUGAGAAGGGUCAAGGACAUAGUCCAGCCGGAUCUAGAGGAGGAGGACAGCGUGCUGGCGAUUGGGGAGAUCAUAUCGUGCAGCUCUACCAGGUGGAUGAAUGGGAAGGAACGGCCAGGUAUUAAUGCUGUUCGCUUUGCUAUGCUGAAAGCUGCAGGCCUGGAGAUGAAGCCUAAGGUAAAGCUAUCUUCGCCGAGCAAGAUCGUAUCAUUCGAGGAGUUGGGAAUGCAGUGA